AUGAUUCUGCUAUACGGAACGAACAAUGCCCUUAUCACGGACCAGUCAGAAAGUGCUCUUCGACGACGAGCGAUUGGAAGUAAGCUGGUUUUGGUCUCCAGGAUAUUCUAUGCGGCUACAUUGUGGAUGCUGAAAUUGACCAUUUCAGAAUUCUUCAAGCGACUUAUAUCGAGCAUAUGGAGAGACUCCUACGAGAAGAUUCUAAUAUUCAUUCGAUGGUUUCUCCUGUUGACAUUUGUCGGUGUGGUUAUUGCUGAUUUAGCGGAAUGUCAACCAUUUGAUCACUACUGGCAAGUAGUACCAGAUCCUGGGCCGAAAUGCCGACAAGGUUAUGCUCAGUUAUUGACGAUGGGGACGGCAAACGUCUUGACUGACUUCCUUUUGGUUCUUUUUCCGAUCCCAAUCAUCAUUCGAUCGAAGAUGCGUCUUCAAAGGAAAAUCCAGCUUGUUUGUCUAUUCGCGGGUUCAUUGUUACCAGCUGGGACAACGCUUUAUCGCAUUCCCAUGAUCAUCGAUCGACAUGGAAGUCAACAAUAUCGUUCUCUCUUGGCAUCUGUGGAGAUUUUGUUCGCUACGGCUGUGGCCAAUGCAUUGAUUUUGGGGUCGUUCAUUCGAGAUAAGGGCGUAAAGAAACACAGAUGGAAGUUCGGAUCAAUGAGCGAUAGCAUUGAGCGAACAACGAGUCGACGAGGCACCGCGAUACGGCACUGGGGAAGUGACGAAGACCUUGUUCGAGAUCUUGGUAUGAGUGUGAAUCCGGAACUCAGAGAAGCAGAACCGACACCUCGUCCAGCUCCGAUGGCAACUGCUGGAAAUGCACCGGUCAAAUCACAUAAAGUUGGAGAUAUGCAUAAUUGGAAUUUCCCAACUGGUAGAAGUGAAGCGAGUGAUGAGAUCGAUUUGAUGAAGAUGUCCCACGAUAUAGGACCCGCAGACUCAAUGUCAGCAAUUAAUACACCCAGAAAAGUGUCAUUUUUCGACGUUGGAGGAUUAUUGGACGAAGAUCAACCGCGCAGAGUCAGCUCUUCUAGAACUACAGAUACCGACGGAGAGAGUUCCACGCAAGGGCAGAUGUAUACACAGUGGUCGCAUGAAAAUGGUCUUUCCCCCGCGCCUCCUCGCAAAGGCUCUGCAGCACUUCUUCACGAUUUAGGAGGAUUUCUCAGCCCGAGAAGUAGAGAGCGAAGUAUCACGCAGAAGCCCAGGAGUUACGAGUUGCAAACCAUUCAACAAGAGCAAUCUCGUUCCCGGGAUCAUUCUCAAGCAUCCGCUCGAAUCGACCUCCACCGCCAACAAACCAACCUCUCCCUCCAAGAUGUCGGCGGCCUUCUCAAAUAA